GAAGCUAUGGCAAUGAGCGUGUUGGACAGAGGAUCCCCUGCAGCAUUGUUUGCAGCAGUUGCUGCUGGUGCAGCGAUGAAGUACGCUGCUGGCUUCAUGUUUCCAAAGCAAAAGAAAGAGGAAUAUCGAUAUGUUGGGAAAGUCGGGUCCAUCUGGGUGUAUCCCUUCAAGUCUUUUAAAGGCGUGAACGUCCAAAAUGCAGACUGCACAUCUGUGGGAAUACAAUGGCGGAGUUUUGGUGACAGGCAGUGGGCAGUUUCUACCGCUGAUGGCGUUUACCUCACACAAAGACAAGUUCCGAAAAUGGCCUUGAUUGAGCCGGUGCUGGACGGAGACAACAUUAUGUUGAAGGCACCAGGCAUGGAACCUAUUUCUCUCCAAGCUGAUCCACCAGUGACUGACAGCAAUAUCAGCAAAGUCACUGUCAAAGCAGAUACCAUCAGGUCAGUUGACAUGGGGGAUGCAGUUGCUGACUGGCUUUGUCGUUACUUCGAUAGAACUGGUCUUCGACUACAUUACUCAGCUCCAAACCUGGAAAAGCGGGAUGCAUCUAACGCAAAAAAGUUGUGGCAAAAUCCAGCAAAACCUGGAGAUAUGCUCGCACUUGCAGACAAUUGUGGAUACAUGGUUGUGUCCAAUGCGUCCCUCGCAGACCUCAACACAAGGCUAGAAACACCUGUUCCAAUCACGAAUUUCAGAGCCAACAUAAUUGUUGAUGAUUGUAGUGCUUUUGCAGAGGAUUCAUGGAGCUCUAUCCGUAUUGGAGAUGUUCAGUUGAGGGCCCUGGACGCAUGCACAAGAUGUAUUUUUGUCACUGUCGACCAGAGUAAAGGGGUCAAGGACAAGAAUGAGGAACCUCUGAAAACUCUGAAAACGUACCGUCUCAGGGAUCCUUACGGGCCGAAGCCUUGCUUUGGUGUGAAUUUUACAAUGGACAAGUGUGGACACGUGAAAGUGGGAGACCCCAUCUAUGCAACAGUUUCGUAAGCAACUGGUACCCCAUCGAGGAUAGUAACUAACACAGUAUAAUAUUCUAGAUAGAAGUGUCUGCAUUGUUAUUUAGCGCUUUGUUGUAUCAUGUGUUAUAAUCAGCGUUAUGUGAAUCACCGUCAUGUAACUGCAGCUUGCUUUUUUUCCGGCCGCAAAUCUGUCUAUGUCGUAUCUGCUUUCUUUCAUAUUAUUAUGUUAUCGCAUCACAUAUAACUUCCUUGUAAGUGCUUUUAAGCUCAUUGGGGGCGUUCAUUCUAAGCCAUUUAACAAAGUUUAAAGUUAAAGACUCGAGCAUUUUAUUGACCACAGAGAUUGUUCAAUUCUGUUAACUUUUUCUGAAAAGUGUUUGAUGGUUUGUCAUCUAGUGCAACAUUGUCUUUUUUUCUGCUGCUAAUCGGACAUAACAAUAAGCUGUAAGCUGCGUCCCUAAAGAGUUGAGCUGAAAUGAUGCACGGGCGCGGUUCGUCCAUAGAGCACGGUCGUGCAGUGCCGCCCAAAAUUUGUUAAUGUUCUAUUACGUAAAACACCCACAAUAAUAAAAUAAAAGAAGCCAGAAAUAAACACUAGAAUCUAGCCAAAUAUUAUAUCAAUGCAAGGUCCUCACAGGCGCCAUAACUGUCAUUUCUGUAUCUAUAGCGCCGUAAAACAUCUACUAUGCCUUGCCAAAGUCCACGCCCUUUAGCUAAACAUAAUAGGAUAUUCAACAGUGUAACCUGACCUAUAAAUCGCUCUUG